AUUUUGAUGAUUUCAUUCAAUCUUAUGCUACCACGGCAACUCAUUUUCUUCAUCUUUCAUUGUUUUCAUCACUUGAAACCCUCUAGUGUCUCUUUCAAAUCUUCUCUUUCCCUUCAAGCCAUUGUUUACACUACCUUUGGUUUCACGUAUUCCUAGAAUGGCCACUAUCCUGGGACGAUAUAAAGCAUUGGCGUUCAAAUAUUCUGUUUUUUUCUUAUUUUUGGUCGCAUAUUAAAAUUUUCAAAGGAACCUAUGAUUAAAUUUGAAUACAUCUUUAAAAAGUUAACUCUUGUGCGUUAACGUAAUAAAUCAUUAGAGGAUCCAAAGAUUGAUUGAUUUCAAAUCAGGUCCUGAAUAGGCUGUUGUUUUUUUCUUUUUUUCUUUCUUAUUUGUCCUGUUAUUAUAUUGCCUUUAAUGUCUACGUGGACUCAAUUACGAGGCCAUAAAUAUCAUUUCAUUCAGGCUAGUUUUGAUCCUGAAGGUUCAGAUUAUGUUAUGAAAAUUUCUGUUACUGAUCUAACAAGGGUUUGGACAUGCUCUUAUACAAAGGACCAGAUGAUCGACCAAGCAGAGAAAGAACGAUGUCCAAUUGAUCCUUUUGAAACUUUCGAUACAUUGGUUGAACUACUCGGCGAGAUGCUUAUGAACGUUUCGUCAGAAAGCACCAUUAAACUAGAAGAAACAAAAAAUGAUGAAUCUCUUUCUUUAACGUGCAACGCCAAAGUAACCAAAGACAUCCAGCUUGACUGGACCUGGUCACUCCGACUAGAGCCGCCAGAAGCAUUGUCAAAGUUGAUUUGGUUCCCACUCACAUAUCACUUACUCACCUCUGAAACUCGUUCUUCUGCGGGAUCCUUAACUUCUAUUGUGCAAGACCGAUCCCAUCAACUUAAGGAUCUUUCUUGGAUUGACAAAGCGGCAGCAGAACGCUCAGCAAGGUCCACUCCGUCUACACCAAGAAAGCGUUCAGCCUUUGUAGAUCUGAUCUCUCCUAAACGUUCACGAGUAAAUUAUGAUUUUAUUGGUUAGUUAACGCUCAUAGCCAUAAGGCUAAUUUCCCACUUUAUUACUGUAUGAUUCACAUGUAUCAAUUAUAGUUUUACUACUCUUAUGGCGGGACCCAAAAUACAAUCCAACCAUCUACGGUUUCAAAACACUUUCAGAAUUUUUUAUGUCCGUUCUCAAAUGGAGACACACCAAGGGUAAUUCAGCCUUGAUAUGUACUAUGACUUACGGUUAUUCUAGCAACCAUUGUAACUCUACAGGAAAAGAACUCCCGUAAAACACGGUACAUUCUAACCCUUCUCCUUGAGAUUAGGAGAUGUAAAGCUAUUAGAAGGUUGCAACAAAACAAGCAACAAAACAUAAACUUGCUUUUUCUCGUGUUUGAUUGACUGAUGCAAAUAUCCAUCAUUUUUCCAAACAAUCUAUUAAUAUUAUUGAUAACAACAGAAAUGACAAGAUGCCGCGGAUAAACCAAAAAAGAGCGACAAAUACGAAUCGUUAAAACGGCCGAAAAAGAGUGACUUGCUUUAGAGGAAAAAGACGAACGGGAUAGCACAAACAUAUAUUUUCCAGAUUAGUGCAUUAAGUAACUAAUAUACAUAGACAUCCAUAAGUGAACAACAACAAAAAAAAAGUAGACAAAUUAUUGGAUCAAAGUAACGUAAGACUCAGGA